AUGUAUAUGUCAGCGGAGUCUCGGGCCGGGGAGCACAUGUACAGGGGGAUGGAUUACCAUUACACGGGGCCGGUGCAGCAGAGGUUCAGCCCGUACACCUUCAACGGAGGUACUGUAUUGGCUCUUGCUGGGGAAGAUUUUGCACUUGUUGCUUCAGAUACACGACUAAGUGAGGAUUAUUCAAUCCACAGCAGAGACACACCAAAAUGCUACAAACUGACAGAAAAAACAGUUCUUGGAUGUAGUGGAUUCCAUGGGGACUGUCUCACCCUUACCAAAAUAAUUGAGGCCAGAUUAAAGAUGUAUAAGCAUUCAAACAACAAGACCAUGACCAGUAAUGCAAUUGCAGCAAUGCUCUCCACAAUUCUCUACUCAAGACGCUUCUUCCCCUAUUAUGUUUACAAUAUCAUUGGAGGUCUUGAUGAAGAAGGUAAAGGUGCUGUGUACAGUUUUGAUCCAGUAGGAUCCUAUCAGAGAGAUGCUUACAAAGCUGGUGGAUCUGCAAGUGCCAUGCUUCAGCCCCUUCUGGACAAUCAGAUUGGCUACAAGAACAUGCAGAAUGUGGAACACCUUCCUUUAACACUGGAGAAGGCUCUGCAGCUUGUCAAAGAUGUAUUUAUUUCUGCAGCUGAGAGAGAUGUAUACACAGGAGAUGCACUGAAAAUUUCCAUUGUCACCAAGGAUGGCAUAAGAGAGGAGUCAAUUCCUCUGAGAAAAGAUUAG